AUGUUCAUAACACAUUCAGUUCGCUAUUUAAUUGACUUGGGAGAUGCAAACGCCAAACAACUUGCCUAUCGAUACUACAAAGCAGCUUUUUAUUUUGAUCCCCUCAUAGGUUCGCCUCACAACCAGUUGGGGAUCCUGGAUGUUGGACGUUGCUACGGCUUGAAUGCUAUUUUCCACUAUUUACGUUGUUUGACAUCCUAUUCUCCGUUUGAAGGUGCUAAAGGAAAUCUUGUAACAGUAUUGGCUAAAAAUGAGAUACGUUAUGGUAGAAUUACCCGAGAAAAGUCGUCACGCAUAGGAUAUCCUUCUUAUUUCAGACCGAAAGACUUUCGGAAGACUAUUAUAAAAUUCAUCUAUUUGAUUCAACAAUUUCUAAAGCCUGCCGAAUCCAGGGAUCCAGCACUAGAGAACAUUUUUCAAGAUACACUCGCAGAACUACACUCAUCUUUGUUACUGACUGACCAUUUGACAAUAAGAUCUGAAAGUGUUUUCAGUCAAGAGCAUACUGACUGCAAAAGUUCAAAGGGAGAUGAUGGUCAGCAAAGUUAUUCGGUUCAUGCAGACGAAGCAUCAGACCAGUUGACUGGACCAAUUUUUAUCAGAAUGUUACUUAUUUCCAUACUCAUUUAUGAAUACACAAGUCAGUCCAAACGGCAGAAUGAUCCUAAUAAGUCGGAAGGAGAAGUAAAGGAAUCUUCAAAUGAACCUAAUCAUGCUCAGGAAAUCGAAAGUUCUGUGGGUUCUUUCAGUUUGGAUACUGAUGAGGACGAAAAUAGCGGCCAGGUCAAUCCUUCUAUUAACUGUUUGCCUCCGGUGGCCGAUAAAUGUGACUUAUCUACAGCUCCAAAUGCACCAGAUCUCUAUGGACCUUUGUCUUUUGUCUUGUGCAUGGGAGAACUUUUUAUAACCCAUGUAUGUAGGCAAAUUUACAAUCAUUUGGGUCAAAAUAUGGAAGGCCCUAAAAGUAAGUCAGUAGAUGCAGAUAUCUGUUCUAAUUCUCAAAAACUAUGUGAUAAUUGCGUAGAAACUAUUGGUGUCUCUAAAUCUUCAGAAAACCAGGACAGUCAGCAUACAAGUGUUUCUCCAACUGAAAAACCUGAAAUUAUAGAAGAUACUGAUAAUCCUGAGGAUGAACAAGAAGAUUCAGAUCGUGUUGCGUGUAAAAAAAUCAAUUCCCAUGAAAGCCUACACUACAGCACAGAUAAUGACGAUGACGAUGAAGACUACAUAAGAACACGAUUCCAUCAAUACUCUUCAGAUGAGGAUUCAGAACAUGAUUUUCUUGAAAGAAGGGUAUCCGAUGACAAUGAGUCUGAAACAGAUUUCUGGGGUUCUGAUGACUCUAGUCUAUUACAUUCACAAGAUGAAAUUAAUUCUUCAGGUAAGUCUUCAGAUGAAGAUCCAGACGUUUUUUCUGAUGAUCGUCUAAGACGUGCUUCCAAACUCAAUCGCUUUGGAUCCCAAAGAAAUGCUAAGAAUCCUAAACGUCAUAAAGCCUCAUCGAAACACUCACUCAACUCUAAGUCAGUAGAUAAGGAUGAUGAUAAUAUUGCCGUGAGUGAUGCGUCUGAGGAAGAAACUAUGCAAGAUGAUAAACCAAUGGAAGCAGAAGUUCCCCAAAAAGCUGAAUUUCAAGUUUCUGCAAAGGAUGCUGAGGGCCCAUCACGUCAUGAUCCCUCAAGUGAAUCUGUCGGCAAGAAUACCUCUCACUCGUCAAAAUAUCUUUCAAAGACUGAAAAUGAAGAGAUAUCAGAUCCCUGUGACACGUGUAACAAAAAUUCUUACGAUCCAAAUAAAGAUAUAACAAUUCGAAUCAGUCUAUUUAGUAGACUUUAUUUACUAUCUGCUGUUAAAUUGUUUUUGGAUUGGCUGUCAAGUUCACAAUUUGAACAUUUGGAUAUAUCUGCACUUCAAGAUAUAGAUUGUCCAGUAAUACCUGAUGCUAGUAUUAAGUCACAGAAACCUUGUCGAACAGUUGGUAUUUGGCGAGCAUCUAUCGAAAGAUUAGUAUCACAGUUAACACCAUUGUUAAACAGUAUUCAUCCGUUACACAAUACAGUUACUCACGAAUUAUUGUGUCAAGAUAAAAUUACUUCUUCACAAGCAUACACUAGUGAUCAAGGAGAACAACCAGUUGUGAAUGUGUGUUCUCAUUUUUUUGAUCCAGUUAGUAAAGAUGGAAAUGCCUUCAAUAUUGUGGAUAACUUGUCUACUGAUGGUUCUCUCUCGGUAUUGAAAUUAAUUUCCUACCAAAUACCAGAAUCGAAUAAAUUCUCAUCCAAUAUACCAGAUGAAUCGGAUAAAAUUUCUGAGAAAGAAAGUGUAAAUAAGGAUGAUGUCGGUGAUAAUAAUAAUGAUAAUGAUAAAAAGGACAAAGAAGAAAGAAUUUAUCUUUUUCCCUUACCAGAGGAUUCAUUACUGCUUGGUUUACCGUCAAUGAAGUGUUUUCAUGAUAAGAUUGAUUUUCAUAAUGUGUGGAUAGCACCUACAUAUACGGCCAUUGAUGAAACUGUACUUCGUUGCCUGUCGUUAGUAUUUCAUGGCCGUUAUUUGGUAUCAUGUAGCCCUAAGCUAGGCUUAGACGUUACAUAUAAUGAUUCCAUAACAAAUAACCGUCUACCUUUCAAGUGUGAUACUGCAUUGUCUAAUCCAUGUGGUCCAUUGUAUUCUCAUCAUUCAAACUGGCUUCAACCAAAUCGUCGCCGACGACGUGGCCGUCGAUACCACCGAUUUUAUCCUGCUUAUAAGAGAGUUGAUCGAUACAGUUCUUAUUGUUCUAACACUGGUAGUCAUCAACAUGUCAGAAGUGAUCAUCGCAGUUCAUAUAUGCAUCACAGAGGUUCAUCAUAUCGGGAUCAUCCGAGGCAUUCAGGUUCAACUAGAGGACAUAAAUCAUAUUAUGAUUCAAGAUAUCAUAGUGGUCAUUCACAACAUAGAGACAAGCAUCGGGACACCUGGGAGGCAGAGGAAUCUGAUGACAGGGUGGAAGCUGUCACGAAAUCGGAUACUCAUGAUUCUGUUUGCUUGGAAAAUACACAAAAAUCAGAGUCGUCUCCGCCAACGCAAAGUGAUCAAGAACUCCCCUGUAAAGAUCAGACUGAUCCAAGUGAAGCUAGUCAGUCACGUCGAGAUCAGGCAAUGAGAGAUAUGGCUCGUUUGCGCUUGUUAAACGAGGUGGACAAGUUAGCAAGUCAGUUUCGAAAUCACUCUCCCCUUUCAUCUGCCAGAAAUGCCAAUGCUAAAUCCGAUCCACAGAACGGCGAAUCGACCACAAAAGACAUCCUGGAGUUCGAUAUUACUAAAAGCUUCUUAUCCCCCUACCUAGUUAUAGAUGCCUACUGUUUAACUAGUCAUCUACAUAUGGUUAAACAAUUGGUCAGCUCAAAUCGCUUUAUUUUAAUCAUACCACAGGCAGUUAUUUCUCAUUUGGACUACUUAAAGAAGACAAUGGCGACUGCAAGGGUAGCUAUACGCUAUUUAGAACAUGAAACACACGGAGGUAACCGUUAUCUUCGAUUACAAAGACCAGAAGAGAAACCAAAUAAGCCUAUUGAACUUCAUCGUCAGGAUGCUUUACAUAGUGAUACUCAAGAAUUGGUAGCAGAAACUGAUGAAGGGGAAUCAAAGAGUUCAACUAAUCAAAAUGUAAAUCUUCGGGUUGUAAGAAGAUGGUUGAGUAUACUUGAUUGUGCAUCUUAUUUUGCGCAGACAUUAACAAAUACAAACAAAUCCUCUGAUACAAUAUCUUCUGAAAGCAAUACCAAUAAGGAAAGCAUCCAACUAAAUGGUUCAGAUGAACAAGAAAUCAGUAGUGUCAAAGACUUUCUCAAUAUUACUCCUCCAUACUGUGAUUUACUCUCUAAAGAGUGUACUGCACAUGAAUCGAAUGAUCUGUCAACCAAUAAAACAGCACCGGUUACUAUUCUAAUUGGAUUUAGAAAUACAGCGCCUGAAGAUACAAUAGUUCCUCAAGAGUUUUUAACACUGGUUGUUAAUCAUGGUGUUCGCUUGGAAUUGAUUCGUUCUUUCAUUCAACGUUGGAAAACAAUGAAAUCUUGA